UCUUCAGUCAGCUCAAGUACUUGUACUAUUAACCAUUCGAAUAAAAUAAUUCAACAUCUGGCUUUCUUAUUUUACAUAUGGCUAGAUACAUUCAUAUAUUUAUAUAUGUAUAUAACUAUUAAACAAAUCCGUUAUUUUUUUUCUCUGUCAAGAUCCAAGAUCACUCGUGCUCUCUUAAUAUUUAUUCACCAUCCGACCGUAAAUCGUUCAAUAAAAAAGAAAAUUUCCAUAUGUGCUUCAAAUAAUUAUUUUUAACAAAAUGUUUUAUUUUCUUAAGUAAUAAAUAGUCUAUUUAAUUUUAGUUUUAAAAUGUUUAAAAAAUGUACUGACUUUUUUGUUAUUUUAGUUUUUUUACCAAUUGUCAUAACUCAAGAGACUGAUGAAGAAUAUAAAGGAAAAUAUUUAGGGAAAUUAAAUGCAUAUCAUCAUCAAGUAUCAGGUGAUAUAUAUGCCGUUGAUGAAUAUACGUUAUUAUUAACAUCAUUUAAUUAUGAUGGUAAUGGCGCUGAUACAUUUUUUUGGGCUGGUGCCUCAAAUCGUCCUGGCCCACAAGGUUUUAUUGUUCCUGAUGAAUGGGGAAAAACUAAUGUACUAGAUCGUUACUUCAACAAAGAUUUCACAUUGACGCUACCAGAUAAUAAAAAAAUAAGAGAUAUAAAAUGGUUUGCAGUUUAUGAUCUUACAAGUCAGAAUACAUUCGGUGACAUUUACAUUCCUGAAGAAUUUGAACCACCGGCGCCACAAAAAAUAUCUCAAUUAACCCGAAGAUCACACGGCGUUACUUCAGACCCGAUUAUUAUCUUAGACGCCAAGACAAUAAGUAUUCCGCAAUUUCAAUACGAUGGUAAAGGUAAUGAUACAUAUUUUUGGGUCGGUCCAGGUCCUCAACCAUCUAGCAAAGGUGUCAAAGUACCUGAUGAUUAUGGAUAUUUAGAUUCACUGAGAGAAUAUAAAGGCGAAGAUAUAAUUAUUCAAUUGCCUGGUGAGAUGACUGUAUUUACAAUAAAUUGGUUAAGUAUUUUUGAUGUAAAUACAAGAAGUAAUUACGGAUCUGUAAUAAUACCUGACGGUUUGAAUGUACCGCCUUCUUUAGUAAAGAUCAUAAAACAUAUGCAGACAUUACCAAAUUGUGUACAAUUACAUAAAAAUUAUCAAGUCAGCUGGGAAAUAUUUGGUCCGCAAAUAACAAUACAAUUAUCUGGACAAAUUGGUGAUGACGAAUAUAUGGGAUUCGGACUGUCAGGAUCUGAAGAAAAAAGUCAAAUGGAGGGUGCGGAUGUUGCUAUUGCGUAUAUGGAUGGUGUGCGUGGGUAUGCAACUGAUUAUAACAUAACAUCAAAAGCGCCUUGUGGUAAGACACUGGGGCAGUAUAAGGGAGUGUGCAAAGAUGAAUUAGUUGGUGGUAUUGAUAAUAAUCAACUUUAUACGGCUGUAAAAGAAAAUGGAAUAACAAUAAUUACUUAUCGACGCACUCUAAUUUCUUCUGAUUCUGGAGACAAAGAAUUUCCAACAGACCGUCCUGUUUAUGUAGUCUGGGCCCUAGGUCGUUUAGAUGAAAAUAAAGAACCGAAUUUUCAUGAUUAUUAUCCGAAAACAAGUUUGAGACUUGAGUUGAAUCGAGUCGAGCCCGAAAAUACCUGCGUUGAUUUUACGGAAAUAAAUAAAAAACUUGUAGAACCCUGGGAAAAACUGGAUAUAUUUGACCGCAGCAUCAGGACAUUCAAAGGAACGAUAGGACCUUCUGGUGGAAAAAAAGGCUACCAAGGAAUGACCGGACACACGUCGAUGGGGUACGUCUGGUAUAUAAACGGGCUGAUGGCGCCAGAAUUAUAUUUACGACGGGGAUUGACGUACAGUUUCCGUGUAUACGGCGGGAAUAAUCCUCACAGUCCUAAUUUUUAUCACCCAUUGAUUAUCACCGACGAGCCACACGGUGGGUAUGACAGAUUAUCAGAUGUCGCUCAGUCUAAAGUCAGAGUACUAGCCGGUGUCGAAUUUACGCGCCGAGGUAGACCAAGACCUACUGCCGUCGGUCCACUCUGUGUUAGCAAACAUGGAGAUCGUGAUCGUCGGCUCGACGAUGAUUUUAAAUCCUUUCAAAAAUUUAAUCGUACAUUAAUUCAUACUUGCGAAUCAGGUGACGGUGGAGUACUAGAAGUAACUCCUAAUUCAAGUUGGCCUGAUACUGUUUACUACAAUUCAUUUACGCACGCGAACAUGGGCUCGAAAAUUCACGUAGUCGAUGCUUACAUACGUGUCAGUAGCAGUAAUGCCGUUACUAUAACAACAACCACCUGGUUAUUAGUCAUUACAUUUAUAUUUUUUCAUACUGUAUAA